UUUCAGAAAAAAUAAAAAAAUAUUUAUUAAUGAAUUUAUCAACAUCCUUAUUCACCAAUAAUUCUUCUAAAUUGCCUAAUUCCUUGGGAGAAUCACCAUUUCUUGCGGAUAUAAAUUCUUUAGAAGAUGAACAAUGGGAGGAUGAGAAUGAAAGACCCGACGAGUCGGAAAUGCAAACUAGAAGAACUGUGAAGCUUGUAUUUUGUAUUGGAUAUGCAAUUCUAUUUUUAUUGGGAACUCUGGGCAACGGGUAAAUAUAGAAUAAAAUAAACUUGAAGCAAAAGGAAGAAUAAAAUCGAAAUAAUAGA